GAAAACGGUCACAGAUUUACACAGACUGGUUUUGGAUUUGACCACAGAUUUUUGAAAAAAUGACCUGGCAUCUCUGUAUUUAAUAUAAAGUUUGAUUUGUAUUCGAAAACCAAAAUGAUUUAGUAUUAUAUUCUGGAGAUCGUAAAUCGAGUUUAUAACUGAUGUUAUAAAAAUAUUCUCAGGAUUAGAAAUGGCAGUUACCAUGCUGAAUGCCGUUCUUCAUCCAAGUUUAAUACCAUAUGUAGUAAAGCUGUUGUCAAAAAACAAAGUAAUAACUGUUCUAGACUUUGCAAAAACCGAUAGUGAUCGUUUGAUGCGAAUAACAAAUCUCUCUUUUGAAGAAAUUUCCGAUAUAAAAAACAAUCUGGUAAAUAAUUACUCCGGGAGUAAUAUUCCGGUUAUUCAAUACUUUCGAUAUCUUAAUGAACGGAUACAACCUAUCAGUACUGAAAUAAUAGGAUUAGAUUUGCUGUUGGAUGGUGGGCUUUUUCCAGGACAUAUACUGGAAAUUUUCGGUGAACCUGGUUGCGGAAAGUCGAUACUGUGUACAUCUUUAGCCAUCAACGUUGCCCGGAAUCCAAACCAACACGUUUUAUAUUGUGAUACAAAAAAUGACUUUUCUACAAGUAGAGUACACACUAUUUUGACGCAAAAGAAUUAUAAUAGUCUAUUGAUCGAAGAGAUUAUGAAUCGAAUCGAAGUCAAACGAAUUUUUUGCGCAGAAGAUUUAAUUGAAUUUAUUGAAAACAUGAUAGGGGAAAUUGACAGCAUGGACAAACUGCAAGUUCUUAUUAUUGACUCCUUACCAGCACUUUGGUUCCAAUAUCAAAACUCUAAAAGCAGUUGCUAUCCAUUGGGAAUGUUAACACGUUUAAUUGGAUUGUUACGAAAAAUUGCAUCAGAGAAUUUUAUUUCUAUCGUCCUUGUUAAUCUUCAAGUACGCUCAAAGGAUUCAUUAGCGCAAAAUAGUUCUCGUAGAAAUAUAAAACCCAAAGGAAAUGCGACCUAUCCUGCUCUUGGAAAAUUUUGGGAGACUGCCCCGACCACGAGGAUUCUAGUGAACAAGGUCAACGAUAAUACGACUGGCUGUGCAAGAUCGAUUAGUAUUUGGAAAAGUAACUAUCUCCAAUCGGGAAAUCAUCAAUUGAUUUCGAUUACUGACAGAGGUGCUGUGUGAAAUACUAUACUCACUGUAAUUUGGGUGUAAUCAAGGCAUUCUUUUCUACAAUUAGAUUGAGCCCUAAGUGCAAA